GGAAAGUCCAAAACACAGCAUUUCUGUGUUUGUUGCCGAAGCUGUUUAAUGUACUGAAUCUGUACAGAGAGAAACAGGCAGACAGUGCCAUUUCCAAGAUUCUCCUGACAAGUGUUUGUUAAACACGAGGUUUUUUUUUCCCCCAAAAGGAAAUUUGAGACAGGAGACAUGAAAGCCAUCAGCCCCAUCCGAUCUGUCAGAAGCUGUUAUGAAGCGGUCUGCUGUUUGUCUGAUCAGAGUUUAGCUAUCUCACGGAGCAAGAACCCCUUGGAAGAGUCCAUCAGCUUGAUGUACGACAUGAACGAUUGUUACUGUAAACUGAAGGAGCUGGUCCCCAGCAUCCCCCAGAACAAGAAAGUUAGUAAAAUGGAAAUCCUCCAGCACGUUAUCGAUUAUAUUUUUGACUUACAGAUCGCAUUAGAAAGCCAGCAACAGGAGCCUGGCAACAACCCUGCAUCAAGCAGCUCUAUCCUGACACUGCAGCGAUCGGAACUGUCUAGUGAAGGAGAUCGUUUGGGCUUCUGUCACUGAAUGACACACGGUGUGCACUUAACAGCUCGCCGCUCCAGCAUUGCUCCGAUUGCCCUGCCAGCGAUUCAAGCGUCAAAGAAGUCAACAAUGAGAUAAUCUCUCCUCUCCCACUUUAAACACCGUCUUGAACAGUUUUACAUUCAUUUAAGGACAAAUCGUGUGAAUUCUGAAAGGAGCAAGUCAGUACAUAUCUGGGAAAUCCAUUCCAAUUAGCAUCCAGAUGAUUGAAUUUAACCCUUAAUAGUUUUUAAGCCACUAAAAGGACCAAAGACAUUUAAUGGAGUCGUCUGAUUUCUCAGUUUUUAAUGGUAAUUCAGUGAGACAUUUUGUGAUUAACUUUGGAAAGUUGCUGGUUGAUUUUAAACCUGGUGAAAAGCAACAAAUGGCAGGACUCGGUCAGAGUGUUUCGUUUUAUUCAAAUUGUGAAGUAAAUUUAUCUUUCUUUGAGGGGGGACCUGGACAGUGGGGACUCAGCUGGUCUCCAGAGUUAAAUACUAGAAUGGCUUUUGUAAUCCCAGUUCAAAAAGUGAUCAAAGAGAUUUUUAAGUUUUUUUGCAAUAUUCAAAGCUGCCCUUAUCUUGGUUUCUUGAUUCACCAUCUCCUGCAGCACAGGUGACUGAGUAUUGUGAUGUGAUUCUCAUGCCUCUGUCUCCUAUAGCAUGGGUCACUGUCCCCCAGGGGUCAGUGCCUCCUGUAAUGUGGCCACUGUCUCUUGGUGUCAGUGUCCUGUAGCUUGGGUCAGUGUCUUUCUCCUAUAGUCUGGGUCAGCGUCUCCCAGGAUCAUGGUCUCUUGCGGUCAGUGUGUCUUGCUCUGUGUUCCCCCUCAUUUUGUUGUGUGUUAUCUGUUGUACUUCGGUGCUACAUUCAAGGUUAUGUGGAAAUGUGCACCCGUGCAUCUUGGAGGGAACCUUGGUGUGGACCACUGUCUGGGAUAGUGUCUCCCAUAGUGUGGGUCAAACCUAGCACAGGCUGUCAGUGUGCGAAGUCACUAGGCAAUAAUAGCAGCCGAUUUGCAUGAAAACCGUUGCUAGAUCCACCAGCAUACAUUGGGAGAACAGCUCAGCUUGUUCAAUCACCCUAGGAGCAGUAUAACUGCAGCUCAGUGCUGGACCAGCAAAUCUCAGGCAGGGCAUGCUGUAACUUCAGAGUUGCUAUAAAAUCUUACAUUAAUCUCAAAUUACUGAAUGGGAUCCUUAGACACUGACUGACCAACAGUACCUCAUACAAUCAGAAGGCUGUUGGAAUAUCAAGGGCACUUUGCACAGACAUUAACAGAUGGAGAACUGCAGGCUUGUGGCCCAUUGAUUUUCCUAUAAACCUGUACCACCGAGGCCUUAUGAUAUUCGCAUCAGGAGAUGGUAGAGUAAAGCAAAUCUUUGGGUUAAUCAAGACGUCCAGUGUCUAUCACUUUAUAAGUAGGAGAUUUCUGGGCUACCCUGUUUAAAAAGAUUGGUGGGUGCAGCUCUGUAACUGUGAACUAGAUUUUCCCAGUGUUCCUUGUAUGAUUUUUAAAUCAAGUCAGGAAUAUUAUCCUAAUGCAAUUGAAACCUUAGGAGACCUUGGAUGAGGCAAAAGAGAUUUCCUGAGGAUAUCAUUUCUAGUGAAAAUGCACAAAUCUUGGAGGAGAAGGACUUCCAAGUAGACAUUGCUUCACCGAUCUGUAGAGGAGGGAGUGAAGCUCCCCAAUCUUUGCGAACUCUAUACUAGAGUAUCUUUUGUAUAUUUGCAGGGGGAAAUGUCCCUGCAAACAGUUUUAUUUCUUCUGACUGUUUUAAAAAAAACUUUUUAUAAAAGUUUAUGGAAAUGUACAUUUUAUACAUAAUUAAAAAGUUACAUUUACAAAAA